AUGUCGAAGACCAAGUCCGUUGCCAAGAAGGGCUCCGAGAAGCCCGUUGACAAGUCCUUGGGCAAGGUCAAGGAUGCUGGCGUCACCAAGGCUGCUCAGUCUCCCAAGGCCAAGAGCAAACAGAUUGCUCGCGAAGUUGUCGCCAAGGAAGAGAAGUCCAAGCGUAAGAAGAAGGAGCCUACUCCUAGCAGCAGUUCCGAAUCCGAGUCCGAGUCCGACUCCGACUCCUCCAGCUCUAGCGAAAGCGAAGACGAGAAGCCCGCCAAGAAGGAGGUAAAGAAGCCGGCAAAGAAGCAGGCUGAAUCAUCUUCCGAAUCCGACUCGAGCGAUGAGGAGAUGAAGGAUGCUUCCAGCAGUGAGAGCGAUAGCGAGAGCGAGGAGGAAAAGAAGCCCGCCAAGUCGGUCAAGGCCAACCCCAAGCCUUCCAAGAAGGCGGAGUCGAGCGAUUCUGAGUCCUCCGACUCUGAUUCCGAUUCUUCCUCAGAAGAAAAGGCUCCCAAGGCUGCCGCAAAGGCAGCUGCUGCGGAAUCCAGCGACAGCGACGACUCCGAUUCUGACAGUGAAGAAGAAGCUCCUGCCAAGGGUAAGAAGGCCUCCAAGGAGGAUUCUGAUUCUGGAUCUUCGGACUCUUCAGACUCUGACAGCUCUGACUCCGAGUCAGACUCUGAGGAGAGCGACGAGUCCGCCAAGGACUCGAAGAAGCGCAAGGCUGAAGAAGAGCCCGCUGCCGUUUCUAAGAAGUCCAAGACUGAGGAAUCUGCCGAGGGCGCCUCGGCCAACCUCUUUGUCGGCAACCUUUCGUGGAACGUCACCGAGGAAUGGCUUCAGCAGGAGUUCGAGACCUUUGGUGAGCUUUCCGGUGUGCGCAUCAUGACUGAGCGCGAUACUGGCCGCUCGCGCGGAUUCGGCUACGUCGAGUUCGCCAGCGCUGCCGAUGCUGCUAAGGCCUACGAGUCCAUGAAGGAUACUGAAAUCGACGGCCGCAAGAUCAACCUCGACUACGCUACCGGCCGGCCCGCUAACAAGGACCAAGGCGGUUUCAAGGAACGUGCUCAAACCCGUGCCCGUUCUUUUGGUGACCAAUCCAGCCCUGAGAGCGACACUCUUUUCAUCGGCAACCUGCCCUUCAGUGCUACAGAGGACUCUGUUCACGAGGUGUUCGGUUCCUCCGGAAACGUUUUGGGCAUUCGUCUGCCAACCCACCAGGAGUCCGGCCAACCCAAGGGCUUCGGCUACGUGCAGUAUUCGUCCGUGGAUGAGGCUCGCCAGGCCUUCAACGACCUCCAAGGAGCUGAGAUCGAUGGCCGCCCUGUCCGUCUGGACUUCAGCACCCCCCGUGCCAACAACGGAGGCGACCGCGGUGGUCGUGGUGGUGGUCGCGGCGGCUUCGGCGGUCGUGGUGGUGGUCGCGGUGGCCCUCGUGGCGGCGGCGGUCGUGGAGGCCGUGGUGGUUUCGGUGGUCGUGGAGGUGGUGCUGGCGGCCCUCCCAACCGUGCCAGGGGCGGUAUCACUGAGUUCAAGGGUACCAAGGUGACCUUCUAG